CAGAUUUGACAUUUGAUAUAACCUAAAAUUGGUUAAUCUUUCAAAAUAUUUUAUUUUUAGAAAAGGCCUGUAAUAUUGUAGGUUCAGAUUUAUAAUUUAUAUUGAGUAAUGUCUAUUACAAGAAAUAUAAGGUCAAUGAUUAAUAGGAUAGUUAUAUCAGACACUAGAAUAGGAGUUCGAUUUUACUCCGAAGAAAGCAACGACAAUGCUGAAGAUGAAAAGAAAGAGAUCGAUCCAAGUAAAGAUAGAACUAAAAUAAUUCCCGUUGAAACAAGUAUACGAUAUAUUCAAAGCAAAGCCUACAAUCAAACUUAUGGCGAUAAGCCUGUUUGGCAUUUAUAUCGUCGUAACCACAAAGGCGGUUUUGCUCCGAAGAAGACAAGACAAAUGUGUAUUCGAAAUGGAAUAAUAGCAACAGGGAAUCCUUGCCCAAUUUGCAGAGAUGAAUAUUUGGUAUUAGAUCCUAGGAAUACGAAAUUACUAGAACAAUUCAUAUCGGAGUACACUGGGCAGAUUCUGGAUGCUUUUAAAACAGGACUUUGUCAAUACAAACAUAAGCAGUUGUUAGUUGCUAUUGAACAAGCUUGGGAUCAAGGAUACCUUACCUAUGAUGUACCAUUUAGGGAGUAUGAUUAUUCAUUAUACAAUAAUUAGUGAUUCAAUAAUACUAUUACUUUUCAAAAAUC